AUGCCGGUCCCCUUCGGACAUCAUGUGGUGACACGGAUACGCCAGCAAGACGGUCAGUAUUUGUCUCGCCCUUACACACCAGUGUGUGACAGCUUCGACUUCGCAUUGCACCCAGAUAUCCCAUUUGCGACAUAUGCAACCACAAUGUCUCUAAUGGUGAAAGUUUACCCCGACGGUCAAUUGUCGCCAAUGAUUCAGAAGCUGCAGCGCGGAGACUACAUUCAGGUGAGUUUUCCUAUGGGGCAGAUACCUCCGAACUUUCUUCGGUCUCCUACUCCCAUUGGUGUUUCUCCCGACGAAGAUCCUUCCUUAGUUCCAUGCUCCUCAGUGUUCAUGCUCGCUGGCGGCAGCGGUAUCACUCCCAUGUUACGCCCCCUGAAUUGGUUGUUAUGCGACCAGGGGGCAAUUGACCAUUUCCGCCUCACAGUCCAUAUGAUUUGGUUCAACCGCACAGUAAAUGAUGUGCCCAUUAAACAAGAACUGGACGAUUUACGCUAUCGGUUACCUACCAGGUUCUCUUUAAUGCAUGUUUUAUCUGAGCACUCGACUGAGACACUGCCUAGUGGUUUCACGUCCGGCUGCAUUUCUGACCAAAUUUGUCGCAGUGGCUUGCUGACUCUCCAUCUGGCUGGCAAGGAUCCAUCCACCUGCAAAGACCAUGUGACUUGGUUGAUUUGCGGUCCAUUAGGAUUCAACCGCGUGGCUGUUCAGAUCGCGAAACAAUGGGGAGCCCCGGAAGAUCGUGUGUUUGAAUUUAAAGGCUGACUAAAACCAGACGCCACCCUUGAUCUCUCUUCGCGGACCUUCCCGGACCAUGCACCUAGACUUACUUCCAGCUAGAGCACACCGGAUUUCCAUCGUACGCAUUUUCCAACUUCAUGUUUGCGUCACAUUUCUUCACUUCCUCCCCUGAUGCUAUCCAUACCGAUGAAACAAUUCUUAAGUAGCACGUCACUCCUCCUUGGUUUAUUCGUUCCGUUGCUUACUCUCAAUCGAAUGUCGAAGUUGAAGGGUACGCAUGUAUCGGAACCAAAUCAGUCAACAUCUUUUCUCCUCUCAAGAGCGUACGCACCUUAUCGGUUGGUGAUAUCUGGCAUUGGAAAAGAAAAUAUCUCAACCGUUGAUAUAUGACUGUGUUUUUCGCUCAUCCUCAUCAUUGCACUUUUCGCCCCAGAACUGUACGUACAAUCGGCAUGAGCAGCCCGACAUCUAGAUGAAUGUUUACUUCCUCUUUCUCUCCCCUGUUCAUACGUCUGUUGACGGCCUGUGUCGACAGACAAUAUUGAGACCAUGCUCUUUCCCACAAAUCACCACAAUAUUCAGGAAUUCGGUGUUAAAAUCCUUUCGCAGGCACCAUUUUUCUUAUGUUACUUCACACUGUUUAUCAUCGUUGAGAGUUUUUAAAGUUAAAAAGUCCUCUAAAUGCUGUCUUCCUCUCUAUGUCCACUUCAUUGCUGCCUCGCUCCUGGGAUAGAUCAUUUGCGUACGCUAUCAUCAUAAUACUUUGUUCACAUGGUUUAUAACUGCCGUUGAUCCCAUACUGGGGGGUGGCAUUUUGAAGCAUUCGUUUGUCUGCUUCAUCUGCGGUCCUAGUGGCUUCAAUCCGUUCAAAAAGCAGCACAAAUUGAUCCCUCCAAUUACUUAUUGCCCACUGGCCGUCGCAAUCCGGUGGCUUACGAGUAGAGGAUUCAUGUGACCUCCCAAGAGUCCCGGGUUCGACCCCAAAUCCUGCUGCCUCUGCAUGAUGAGUCAAGUAAUUAUCGAGCCGGUUGCAUAGCGUAUUGUUGCGAGCUGGCGGUGGCAAACUUUCAUGGAAUCCACCAUGUUUCAGGAGACCGUCUGUUUUCUUCGUUGGAUAGUGUCUGC